AUGGCUUUCGAUAUGAGUCCAGAGGAAUCGAUUGCCCUCAUCAAGGCAAAUCUUGCUGAAGUUCUCGACGCAGAAAUUAUCGACAAUGUAAUCCUUAAAGAGAAGCGCCCUCUCAAGGUCUACUGGGGAACCGCAACGACUGGCAGACCUCAUUGUGGAUACUUUGUGCCUAUGAUCAAGAUCGCAGAAUUACUGAGGGCAGGCUGCGCGGUCAAAGUUCUUCUCGCAGAUAUUCACGGUUACCUGGACAAUAUGAAAGCACCUCUCGAACUCGUCGAAUAUCGCGCCAAGUACUACGAACGAGUAAUUAAAUCGGCUUUGAGAGCAGUUGGCGUCGAUUUGAGUCGGUUGCAAUUUGUGCUAGGAAGUUCUUACCAGCUCGAUAAAGAUUACACAAUGGAUCGAUUUAAGCUGGAAGGUAUUACCAGAAUCAAUGUCGCUCAGAAAGCCGGCGCCGAAGUCGUGAAGCAAACGGAUGAUCCAACACUUGGUGGUUUGAUUUACCCCCUCAUGCAGGCUCUGGACGAACAAUACCUCGAUGUCGAUGCACAAUUUGGUGGUCUUGAUCAAAGGAAAAUCUUUACUUUCGCAAAGGAAAACCUGCCAAAGAUAAAUUACAAGGUCAGGGCACAUUUAAUGAACACGAUGGUUCCUGGUCUGGGAGAGGCUGCGAAGAUGAGUUCUAGUGAUGCGGACUCGAAAAUUGAUCUUCUGGAUGGACCGGAGGCUGUCGAGAAGAAAUUGAAAAAGGCGAAGUGUGUGCCAAAGGAAGUUGAGGGCAAUGGUGUCAUUGCUUUCGUCGAGCAUGUCAUUUUCCGCGCUCUUGCUUUGAAAAAUGGGGGUUCUUCAAAAUUCAUUGUUGAGAGGAAAGACCAAGAGCCUCUCGUCUAUGAAUCUGUGGAGGCAUUGAAGGAAGAUUACGCGGCAGAUAUUCUCACGCCUCAACUCAUCAAAUUUGGUCUCACCGCUCACCUCAACGACAUCUUGAAGCCAAUUAGAGAAGAGUUUACAGCAUCACCGGAGUGGCAAGCAGUUGAAGUGCAAGCUUAUCCACCAGAAGAAGGUCCAGUGAAGGUCAAAAAGGUCAAGAAAGAGAUCGAUCCAGCAAGAAAGGCAGCAGCAUUGGCAGCAAGGAAAAACGUUGUCACACAGCCGGAUGGGCAUGUUGAAGGAAAAGAUGCCGAAAAAUUUGCGGUUGGGUCAAGCACAGAAGAAACAUUAGAGAAGUUGAAGAUUGCUUCAGAGUUAGAAUAG